GUUCGUAAUGGUGUCUAAGCUAUUUGGUGCCCUGAUAGUCCCCCUGGGCGUGUAUAUAAAGGACUGAUUAUUUCCCUUUCGUUGAGACCAUCAAGCCUUGCUUCUUUCACGAAUAGAUAUCAACAUCUUGGAACUUUUCCCGACAAUGAAGGCAACCAUUGCUACUAUCCUUGCCACGGUUUUGGCAACAGCUCAAGCCUAUGACGCUGUCACUGUGAGCAAGCAGACUUGGUUUGGAUACCCAGACAACUGCCUCGACGGUUACCACGCAGGCUGUGGCAACAACCAGGUUGCGUACAGCUGCGUUGGCCGCGGUGCCCGCGCUGGAGGCGAUGGAUCGUAUGACAAGCCCCUGACAUACGCGACCAAAAAGGGCGGCUCGCUCCACAAGCCAUGCGAGAUCACCUGGUUCCCGUAUCUGAAAAAGUACCUUGUCAUGGCAGACAUCUGCACUGGCUGUAACGACAAGCAGAUUGAUAUCUGGAUUGGAGACGGCGACGGCGGUCAAGCUGAGCUCAACUGCGAGAACAACUCUCCAUCUGGGGGCGGUCACAAGCUGAUUCGUGACGGCUCAAACGGACAUUCUCCCAACACAAACAAAUUGUGGAGCAGCUCUGGUGGUUGCAAGGUCUCUCAGAAUGUCUACCCUGACGGCAAUUGAGCGCUUGCUGAUGGUACUAUGUAACGACAACAAGUACUCCAAUGUGGAAAUGCUUUGUACCAGAUAGCUAGAAGUAAUUCGAUUAUCUCAACUGGACGGAUCAAUUUUGAAUUGUAAAAUUUGAAAAGUGAUUCAUCAGUGUACGAGUACGUGCUCUCACAGUGUAGGAGCGAGAAAUGAACCAG